GUAGCUUUAUUAAAACCCAGAAUGUCUACUUCAUCCAAAAAUCGUAUUUUUCAAGUUGUUAUUAGCAUAGCCGUGCUUAUUCUUGCUGCUAUUCUUAUUAAAGAUAAGUCAACCCUUUCUGGAAUUGUAAGCGAUGUGAAUGAUCUUCUUUCAGGGAACUCGACUGAAUCAGCAGGGGAGUUGAUUGGAGAGUUAGUUGGAGAUUUACUUAAUCAGACUGAGAUUGGCGAAUUAGAAUCGAAACUUGGCCUGGGUUCCAAGCAAAGCACUGGGUUAAAUUUGGAUACUGUUGUUAAGCCCAUUGCAGUUUCCUUAGCUAGCGGCUCAUUUACUACCUCUGGUAAUCUGAUUCUUUCUUUGGUGUAUAAAUUCAUCAAGAAUAGGGCCACUAAGCCAACGCUUGCAAGCGUUAGGAGUGGUUCCGGAGCCUUGAGAAGUUUGGGUAUUUCUAAAUCCCAAGAAGGGUACCUCGGGUCGUUGGUGAGUUCUGAGUUUAGUGGAGUUAUUCUCUGGUUUGUUUCGUUUAUUUAUCAAGUUACCGAAUCUGGUUCAAUGAACUGUGAUAGCUUAGAGGAUUUGCUUGUUCAUUAUAAUUUGACUGGAAAUGGUGUGAACGAGCAAAUUUUGAAUAACUUUUAUGGAAUUGGAACCAUUGCUAAUUCAACAUUGAGCAGGAGCUCCUUCAAUUCAACUACCCUUCAGAAACAACUGGAGCUAGCCAUGAAGUUGUCUGGUAAUUGCAAAACCAAGAAAGCUUCCAUUGGGUUGGCGUCGCUUGGUUUGGUAACUUAUUUGUUGUCGUCUUCGAUGCUAGGAGUUUCUGGUUAUAAGUUGUACUCUGCAUAUAAAGGUUUGAAACAAGGUGAUAAUGAUUCCUCAGAUGGAGACGAAGCAAAUACUCUGGUAUUGGUAGAAUUUAACGAUGCUUUCUUAUUUCCAAGUAUUCACCAACAAAAAGCAGAUGAGGGAUCCGAAGAUGGGAACAAGGAAUCUGUUUAAAUUAGCGAUUCAUUUAUAUUACCAGUUUCUAUAGAGAAGCUAUGUAAAG